UCCACCUCAAGCGUCACUUCAUGUUCCGCAACCACCUCUGCCUGGCUUUCGAGCUCCUCUCCUACAACCUCUACGACCUCCUCCGCAACACCAAUUUCCGCGGCGUCUCCCUCAACCUCACCCGCAAAUUCGCCCAGCAGCUCUGCGCCGCCCUCCUCUUCCUCGCCACCCCCGAGCUCAGCAUCAUCCACUGCGACCUCAAACCCGAGAACAUCCUCCUCUGCAACCCCAAACGCUCCGCCGUCAAAAUCGUCGACUUCGGCAGCUCCUGCCAGCUCGGGCAGAGGGCCGACCAGAUGAACCGGAUCGUGGAGGUGCUGGGGCUGCCCCCCCCCCACAUGCUGGAACAGGCUCCCAAAGCCCGAAAAUACUUCGAGAAGCUUCCGGAAGGGGGGUGGGCCCUCAAGAGAAACAAGGAGAGCAAGAAG